AUGUCUUUCGAAUCCAGCCCAAGCUCCUUCUCAAAGGCUGUCGUGGAGACGACACUUCUCAUCAAUUCAAGCAAUCCCACCAUCGUGGGAACCUGGGAUCUCAGUAGCCCCAGUACUAAAGAAGCCGCCUCGAUUCGAGUUCGAACCGUCGAUCGUAGAUCGCUAGAGACUCUAGGCCCCGACGGAGAUCACAGGACCAAGGUGCCUGAUAUUACUGGACCGAAGGAGUACCGAGCAAUUUGCAAGCUGUUCAUGUCCUACGUCGACGGUGGAAGCGAUGAAUUCAUAGGCACUGGCUGGCUGAUUGGAACGGACAUUAUUGCUACCGCCGGCCAUUGCUUGUACGACUCGGCGUACAAUGGUGGAUAUCUGCGCUAUAUCAAGUGCUAUUUUGGGUACCAAGGCCCAGCUUCUGUUGGUAGCUGUGUCUACCGUUGGGGCAUUGCGGCCGCUGCCCCAGCCGAGUACCUCAAAUCGCCCUCUUCAGAGGUGCAUGACGUUGGAUUUAUUCGGUUGAAUGAGCCGGUCCAGGGCAUCGAACCUUUGAAUUACAAUCCUACACCUGCUCUUGCCGAGUCGCGUCUCGGCGUCGUUGGAUAUCCAGGCGAUGUUGACUUUGGACACACCAUGUACGAGCAUUGGGCCAACGUGCAAAUUGACCUAGCCAAGACUGGGAACCUUCUCGCAUACAAAGUUGAUACAACUCCGGUUGGCGUUCAUGUCGCAGGAGGCUAUCCCAAUAUCGGCUCAGUCAUCGGGCCAUUGGGAAACAGGUUUGAAGAAUACAUUCUGGCCUUGAAUGUCAAGAAAGGAUAUCAAACAACAUCAGCCAGUGUGGUGUCGACUGCGGGAUCUACGGGCAAACCUGUUGCGCCGGGAUUUCAAUUAAUCAGUAUAAAACCAUCCGCAACACCAGUCGAGUCCUAUAUAAAUCCAGGCCACGGAUCUAGCGCAUCUCUCUCCCCUGAGAGCACGGCCGCUCUAAGCGAAAGCCAGCGAGCCAUUGUUGAGCUUUUCGGACAGGUUAAGGAAAACAAAAAGACGAAUGGUGUCCGUAAACGACCAACAGCCACGGGACAAUUUUUGAAAUUCCCAGAAUCUCUCAUUGUCCCUGGUCCCGAAGCGGACCUACCAGCGCCAGAUUAUGACAAGGCUAUCGCAAAUGCCAAGCAGCAGGACGACAUUCAAACAAUCUUCUUCGUCGACUUCCCCUUGGAGCUGGAGGGUCAGGCCUUGACCGAUCUACAAAAUCUCCAGAAGUCAGUACAGUCCUGGCAGGCUUGGUCCUCUACAAUCUGCGAGGGAAAAGUCCAACAACAAAUCGAUGCCAAGGCUCUUCCUGGUGACAACAAGGGCCAGUUUGCUCGGAGCACGUAUCGUGCUAAGGUAUUUGAUUAUCUUUUCCGCAGGAGCACUUGGUUCGCAAAGACUUUUGAUCAGGCCAUGAGCAAGCAUAUUGAGACCAAGACAGUCGAAUUCCACUCCGAAAUUCUUACCAAAGUUCUCGAAGGAUUUUCUAUUCCGACCUCAGUAUAUUCGACCUUGGAGCUGCUGUUAAAUCAGAUCAGCAACGGUAUUAAGCUAUCAAAAUCCUCGGGAACUGAGGCUCAGCAGUACUGGAUCAUGUUGACCAAAUAUAAUUACCAGAGCGUUACAAAGACAGUGCAGACGGUUGUCCGUGUGAUCCAGUUCCAAGUUAGUCAGGAGGCGCAGACCUACACGAGCAAUAAGGCGUCUUAUGAGUCUAUCUCUUUCGACCUUCAGUUCUCUCAGUACCAAGCCGAUUUCAACAACGACAUCUAUUCACAGAUCAGGACCAAGAUAGACCAAAAGCUGAUCGACGAUGGUCUUGCCCUUGUUCAAAACAAGACCAUGGAGAUUCCUGUCUGA